AUGAAGUUCCUCGCCCUCCUCUCCCUUGUGACUGCUGCCACUGCCGCCCCAGCUGCCCUUGAGGCCAGAGGUGCCACUACUUGCGGCAGCACCUCCUACUCUGCCAGCCAGGUCACCGCUGCUAGCAACGCUGCCUGCAACUACGUUCAGAGCGGCACCACUGCCGGCGGCUCUACCUACCCUCACCAGUACCGCAACUACGAGGGCUUCUAUUUCAACGGCCUCAGUGGGCCAUUCUACGAGUUCCCUCUCCGCACUUCUGGCGUCUACAACGGUGGCUCUCCCGGCGCUGACCGUGUCAUCAUCACCGGGAACUGCGACGAGGCCGGUCAGAUCACUCAUACCGGUGCUAGCGGCAACGGCUUUGUUGCUUGCUCUGGUACCAGCUAAAUGGAUGGUAAUUGGAAAUGAUUGAUGACAACACUUGCUUUCUCUUGCUUCUGCCGGGAGUUGGUUAGAAGAUACUGGAGGAUCUACCAGCGGGGAAACUAUCAAAGAGUACCGUAUGAGUUCUUCCGAAACGCAACUAGAUGUACAUAGCCAGAAUUCAACGAAAUGAAUGAAACAUUAGACGGACAUGUUGGAGUAAACAACGCCCCUGUAACCCCAGCGUGCUCGUAUCCGACCUUGAUAAUGUCACCUUUCUACGAGACCCCCGCAGUCUAAGGCAGCAAAAACAUCACAGUUACUAGCCAUGGCCGACUUCUAAGAUCAUCUCUUCCUGUAUUUUUAAUCUAGAAACUGUGGCAAGCUGAUAUCGUUGUUGUGAAGAGAGGAAGAGAAGCAGGACCGAUACAAAAGGGGUCGCAGCCUUCACCUGCUAGUGAUAUAUAUUCCAUGCCGUGCCUACCAUCAUCGAAGCCGGGCUAGCUCAAUCGGUAGAGCGUG